UUUUCCCGCCAAAUGGAGUUUCCGCGGGAGUAAGCGCGUGUGGUCACUACUGUGUAGUAUUGUUAUAUCAAGGAAGCUUUUUAUACUAAACACUAUAGAAGUUCCUUUUAGGGUCAUUGCAACUUAGCACCUCUCCCUUCGUUCUCCCGACGCGUGCGCAAGAGCGCUGCCAAACUUCAAGGAUGUGUGUGUUAACGUAGACGCCGCACUUUGGUGUUGUGCCGCGUAGUUCAGCGUUGGUGCAGUGUUCAUUGGUGAAGCCGAUCCUGUUUCUGACGCGAUGCCUUGCACACCUACCAAGAAAAUGAAGCAGUCACGGCUGCCAUUCCAAGCUCUUGCGGGAAGCGCCCAGAAGCGCAAGGCUGCUGCUGACCAGGAACCUGUAUGCAAGCAGCCACGCCCUGACCAGCCAAACCCUGGACAGGGGACAUUUAGACCAUUCGAGUUGAAAGCUGGCAUGACCCUGGCACCAGCUGUACCUGUCGAUGUUAGACAGCGUUUCGACCACUCGCUGAUGGACCGCUUCCUACAGUCACAGUGCUCUGCAGAAGUCCAUUUCAACCCUCGAGGAGAACAGUGGCAUCGGUAUGUUCGUGAACCCCGGUCAGCACCUCGAGCCAAGUUACUGCAAUUUUGUGAAAAUGUGCGGCCUGCCUACUGGGGAACCUGGCGUCGACGUAGUCGCACAGUCUCGGGGCGCAAUCCUUGGGCAAAGGACCAGACACUGGACUAUGAAGUGGACAGUGAGGCCGAGUGGGACGAGGAACCCGGCGAGAGCUUGUCAGGCAGCGAGCCAGAGAGCGAGCCUGAUGAUUACGAAGUGGACAAUGAAGUCUUCGUGCCACAUGGCUACCUGUCUGAAGAUGAAGAAGAAGGGGGCGGUCCUUCAGCUGCUGCACUUCAGGUGCGACAACUGGAGCUCCAGGACGAGCUGCGUGAGAGUGGUCCAAAAGGUCCGAGGCUGCAACCAUUAGUGGUCAGUGGGCCGGAUGUUGGACUUCUGGCACGAUUUGCAGCCGUCCGGUUGAAGCCGGGUCCAUUACGCCCCAGCUGGCAAGAGGAAAACCUUCCAAACGAUGCCCUACAGCUGCUGGCUCGGCUGGUGCAUGGACGUGCCUGCUGCAGCCAAGGGGAGCUGGUGCGUCAGUUCCAGUCCAAGUGGGAGGGUGCCCCCGUGCCACGUCGGCAACUGCUCGAUGCCCUGCAAGCCUUGGGGCCCGAGCGCCCCCGGGGAGGAAACUGCUGGCGUCUGCCUGCUCCAUCCUUGUUGCGACUUGGCAUGCCACUCUCACGGCCGGCAGGUCCCUUGGAUCGUCUUUGGAGCCGAGAGACUGGGAGUCAAGCCACAGCUGUCGAAUCACGGCAGUGACGAUCGCCACUCAGUUGCUGCACAA